AUGGCCUAUUCGGCGAAUGCUCUUCUGGUGCCAAAACUUUAUAAAUCUGUUAUUGAGGAUGUCAUCAACAAUGUGCAUGACUUUUUUCUUGAAGAAGGCAUUGAUGAUCGUGUUCUUAAGGAUUUAAAGCAGCUUUGGGAGAGCAAGCUUCUCCAAUCCAGAGCUGUGGAAGGCUUGUUCAGAGAGAAUAAUCACCAGCCAAUCAUGCUGGAACUUCAUCAAAAAACUCAUCAAGCAUUACACCCACCCUCAGCUUCUGUUGUGAUUCCUGCUGGUGGAAGUGUUCAGAAUUUUACAUCUGUAGAACCGAACUCUUCAGGAACCUCAAGUGCUCUUGCACUAUCCUCAGCCAUAAGUCUUCCAAUCCAGGUCCCUGCUGGCGUUACCUUGCAGACUGCUUCAGGUCAUAUGUAUAAAGUCAAUGUACCAGUUAUGGUAACCCAAGGUCCUGCUGGUCAGAAGUAUUUUCAGCAGCCUGUUCACCACAUCAUUCGCCAAGUUAACACAGUUACAGGACAGACGGCACUCAUCCAGCAAAACUCUGGACAAACACAUGUCAUUCAACAGACCUCUCAAGAUCAAACAUCUGUGAUACAGCACUCCAAUUCAGAUCAGGUUUCCUCACAUCAGCGGUUGUUGGCAAACCAGCCUUUUGAGGUUGCUGGCCAGUCCAUUCUGCAACAACCUGGCAUGUCACGAAAUGUGUAUGUUCAACAACAGGUUGCAAUGAAGCAAGUUGUUUUACAGCAGUCUGGGAUGGCAGUCCAAACAGGGCCUCAGUUAAUUAUUCAGAGGCAACCCAUUGCAAAUACAGGAUCAAUAACUCAACAUCAAUUUGUAUCCACACAACCAGCAAAGUUACAGCAAUCUUUGGAAGAACAAGCAGCCUCAAGCCAGCUUGAACAUUCAGAGAGAAUUCCAAUAGCACGUACACUCUUUUUUCAAAAUCAUUCAUCUGUGCAAAAUGAAGGAAAGAAUACAUCGCAGUGUGUUUCUGAUCGGUAUGCGGUUCAGCAGUUUGCACCCCAGGUUAAUGAGGCAAUGUUAAUGGUUACAGCAGCCUCAGAGGAGCCACAAGUCAUGGGUGAAACAUUAUCUGUCCCACAGUUGGAUGGGACCAAUGACACUUCUUCUGAUGAAGAAAUUGGUAAUCUACGAGAAGUGGAAGAAAAUGAUAUUCUUGGGAUUAUUGAUGCGGAAGACCUGAAAGCCCUUGAAGGUUAUAAUGAAAAUAAUAGUUCUAGUGAUGAGUCUUCCAGUGAUGACAGUGAUAAACAACCAAAUGAAGAAACCAGAGAAGAAGAUCCUUUAAAUUCAGGAGAUGAUGUGAGUGAACAGGAAGUGCCUGAUCUAUUUGAUACAGAAAAUGUAAUGGUUUGCCAGUAUGAUAAGAUUCAUAGGAGUAAAAACAAAUGGAAAUUCUAUCUUAAGGAUGGAAUAAUGACCUACAAUGGGAGAGAUUAUGUGUUCUCUAAAGCCUUUGGGGAUGCAGAAUGGUAGGUGUAAGAAAGUUCAAUGAAGCAGCUUGACAUUCAUUGUGAGAGACAUUUACAAAUGAUUUGAAUAGGUGGUGGCUUUCAACUUCCCAUUCCCAUUGUUUAGUUUGAAAGAUGUUUCGUAAUGUUAUUCUUUUGAUUUAAUGGAUAUUUUACAUACGGUAUAAUUGAUUACACCUGCUAUAAUGCAUGUUCCUUCAAAAUAGAAGUCACUUAACUGGCAAACUAUAAUGGAAUCUUUUGUUUUGAAAAAAAUACAAACACAUAUUUGGGUGUAAGAAAACAGAUGGAUUAUAUUGUGCCGCAUACAUUGAGUUGAAAGAAGAUUUCUAUAAGUAGAAGGAAAUGAGUGUUAUGUAAAAUUUUAUAUCUUGUGGGUAAAUAAAAUUUUAAAGAUGUAUAGGAUGCCAUUACACAGUGUCUUUUGAAGAAUUACUAGCUACUGAGUAAGAAUAGGGUGCAAAUUGAGAGAUGACUUUUUGAGUAGGUACUUUCUAACCUGUUUUCACCUGUUAAAAUUAGCAUGUACUUUUAUUUAUAUGUCAUCUGUCAAUUUCACAAGCAUUCUUUAAUAUUAGAGUACUUUCUUCAAAGGACCACUGGCAGGGAUUUGGUCUUCAUACGUUUGGAAGAUUUAUUUAAUGCCCAUAAAGUAUAUGAUGGUUUUCUUAUUAGGGAGCUCUUUUUACGAUCAGUCAUGCUUUAUGGGUGGACUAUGAAGGAAUACUUCUUGCUGCAAGUCCAGACUGAUCAGUUUUUUUUCAUCCGUACUAUUCCAUCCAUACUACUACAUUAGUUGUUCCAUAGCUGACAUCAGUUUUUGAAUUAAAUAUGCUGAAUAUUUAUUAAUUAAUUUGUGUAAUGCUAUACUGAACAUCUUUCAAAGUCGAGUCCCUAAGGAAUUCUGUAACAUUGAUCUUUGUCAGAGGAUGUAAUCUUUCGUUCAAACUAGUUUUUCUUUCCUUUUUGUCUUCCCCUAACUUAUCCUCUGAUUUUAGUGUGCCAUACUGCCAAGAGGGCAUAUUGCCCACCUUCUGCGCUAGAUCAAAGAAGCAGAAAUCUAAUAGUUAAGGGGUCCCAGUACCUUUUUUUUGUUAUAGUGCCAGGAAUUAAUUUCCUAUAAAGGUGUGGCAUACAUUGAUAUUUUGCUUACUUUACUGAUCUGUUUUUGAUUGCUCUUGACAUAAAAUGAUGAGCAUAUUUGCGAUUUUCUUUUUGUCCAUUUAGAAGCAGUAGUGCUGGGAUCUUGCAUUGAAGAUGUCAUUAGAGUUGUGAUGCAUGUUGAUUGUUUGCCAUUCCUCCAUAAUUUGCUGUUCCC